AUGGCUAACUCGAGGAUAGAAGAUUACUUCCUGAUGGUCACCGGGGCUGGGUCUAAAAGGAAGCUUGAUUCCACAGACCAGGAUGACGGCUCGAAGAAACCGUCUAAGCCGUACGACACCGUCUCAUCCCUUGGAGACCUCACUCCCGGUCCAAAGAGAAUCGGCUUCGAUGCAAGGAUCGUAAAUAUAUACGAUCAGUCCAAUAUAUACUUUGAUGACAGCACGGAAAACACUGGCAGAUCAACUAAAAAGAAAAAGCCGUCAAAAGAGAGUGGAGGUAUGGGGGCAGGCCAGCAGGCAAGAGGAUGCUUGAAAAUCAUUUUAAAGGAUGAUAUGGGCUGUAUUCUGGUCAAGCUAUGGUAUGCGGAUACCACCUACGACCUUCACUUGGGAAAAUUAGUCUCGAUAUGGACGACGCAUAUUUCACCUUUUAAACAACAGCCAAAGAAUCCUGGGAAAGCAGAUACAGCUUCUACUCCUACAUCUCCACCCAUACAGCUUAAGGAUUGCCCGUUGAAGCUAAUGACAAGCAUUUUCCCAGAGAGGGAUAAUGGGUGUGGUAUCAAGAUACAUGAACGAGGUGAUAUAGGAAUAAUCGGCCGGAUUCCAUUAGGCUACAAGUUUCCCUUUGCAUUGGAUUCCCUCGUCGAUGCCCCCGAGAAACAUGCUGUUGGUAAACCAACCAAAGUCUUAGUAUAUGUUUAUGCAAUUGGACCUGUUCGUGAAUCAACCAACUCCAACAAACAGAUAGUCCCUACUAUCGACAUAGGCGUCACUGACGGACACAGCAAAGCCUGCGUCGGCCUAUAUGGAGAAGCUAUGAGAUCCGCAAUGAAAUGGAUACCCAAUUCUACAGUCCUUCUGAUAUCCAAUGCAAGUUGGAAACCUGGGUCGAGGCUAUAUAUGACAUCCCUCACCUUCAUAGAGGUAGAUCCUGAUAUUAUCGAAGCGGAAGAAUUGAAGAAGCUUGCGACGCGUACAGCGGUACAUGUCAACCCUCCCUUUCCGACUGACUUAUUCGACGUUGAAGAAUUUGAAUCUUCCAUCCAGAAAAUCAAAUUCACCUUGGCGGAUGUUGAUGAGUUGGCUAGUUCCACCCGCACCGGUAUGUAG